AUGGAUAUGCCCCUAAUCCUAAACACAUUCAUACUUCUAACCCUAACAACCCUUAUCACCCCCAUUGUAUUCCCACUCCUAUCGGACAGCCUAAAAAACACUCCUACAAUCAUUACGAACACGGUUAAAACCUCUUUCCUGAUCAGCCUAAUUCCCAUAACAAUUUACAUCUACUCAGGAACAGAGAGCCUAGUUUCCCUCUGAGAAUGAAAAUUUAUCAUAAACUUCAAAAUCCCAAUCAGCCUAAAAAUAGACUUCUACUCACUUACCUUCUUUCCAAUCGCACUGUUCGUAUCAUGAUCCAUCCUACAAUUUGCAACCUGAUACAUAGCUUCAGACCCUUUUAUCACAAAAUUCUUCACCUACCUCCUAUUCUUCCUAAUCGCCAUGCUAAUCCUAAUCAUUGCCAAUAACCUAUUCGUCCUGUUCAUCGGCUGAGAAGGGGUAGGAAUUAUAUCAUUCCUACUAAUUAGCUGAUGACACGGACGGGCGGAGGCUAACACUGCAGCUCUCCAAGCCGUACUUUACAAUCGAGUUGGAGAUGUAGGCCUAAUCCUAUGCAUAGCAUGACUAGCAUCCACUAUAAACACUUGAGAGAUCCACCAACUCUCCUCCACAUCCCAAACACCUACCCUCCCCCUCUUAGGCCUCAUUCUAGCUGCAACAGGCAAAUCCGCCCAAUUUGGCCUGCAUCCGUGACUACCAGCUGCCAUAGAAGGACCGACCCCCGUAUCUGCCCUACUACACUCCAGCACAAUGGUCGUAGCCGGAAUUUUUUUACUCAUCCGAACUAACCCUCUAUUCAACAACAACCAAACUGCCUUAACCCUAUGCUUAUGCCUAGGAGCCCUAACCACACUAUUUGCAGCCACAUGUGCUCUCACCCAAAAUGACAUCAAAAAAAUUAUCGCAUUCUCCACUUCAAGCCAAUUAGGACUAAUAAUAGUUACAAUCGGACUAAACCUCCCCGAACUAGCCUUCCUUCAUAUCUCAACCCAUGCAUUUUUCAAGGCCAUACUCUUCCUAUGCUCAGGCUCUAUCAUCCACAGCUUAAACGGUGAACAAGAUAUCCGAAAAAUAGGCGGGCUCCAAAAAAUACUACCUACAACUACUUCAUGCUUAACCAUCGGAAACCUAGCCCUAAUAGGAACACCAUUCCUAGCAGGAUUCUACUCAAAAGACCAAAUCAUUGAAAGCUUAAGCACAUCAUAUCUAAACGCCUGAGCUCUCCUACUAACCCUCCUAGCUACAUCAUUCACCGCAGUAUACACAAUCCGCAUAACCGUACUAGUACAGAGCGGCUUCGUCCGAAUUCCGCCCCUAACCCCAAUCAAUGAAAACAACCCCGCAGUGACCUCACCCAUCACUCGCCUCGCACUAGGCAGCAUUACUGCAGGAUUCCUCAUUACCUCAUACAUCAUCCCUACAAAAACUCCAUCAAUAACUAUGCCCUUAUCUAUUAAAAUAACAGCCCUCACAGUAACAGCCCUAGGAAUUGCUAUAGCCCUAGAAAUCUCAAAAACAACUCAAAUACACAUCCUAACAAAGCAAACCCCUCUCUCAAAUUUCUCUACCUCCCUAGGAUACUUCAACCCCCUAACCCACCGCCUCACCACAACUAACCUACUAAGCGGAGGACAAAAAAUCGCUUCCCACCUGAUAGACCUAUCCUGAUACAAAAUACUAGGCCCAGAAGGACUGGCCAACCUACAACUGACAGCAUCCAAAACCUUCACUACCCUUCACUCCGGCCUAAUCAAGGCCUACCUAGGAUCAUUUGCUCUAUCUAUUCUCAUCAUUCUCAUAUCCACAUACAGA